AUGGGUUUUGAAGGGUUUAGCAGAAGUAAGUGGCCUGGCCUGGUUACACAUAAGCGUUCAAAAAGCUUCCCGGAGAGAGUACCUGAAGAAAAUAACUCGGUUAAUUCAACUGAAGCACCUUAUCCACAGAAAUCGGAGACGGGCCGAUUAAAUGUCUGUACCAACAGCAAGAAGAAACAAUCAUUGAAUGCUCAGGUUGAAAAUUCAUUGAGGCAAGAGAUAUCAACGCUCGAAAAAAGAUUGCAGGAUCAAGUCUCUGUUCGUUGUGCUCUGGAAAAGGCACUCGGUUAUAAAAAUUCCUCACAUGAUAUUACAGAUGAAGCCACCAUCCCUAAGUCGGCCACAGAACUCAUUCGAGAAAUUUCCAUAUUGGAGCUAGAAGUCGGGCAUUUGGAACAGUACCUUCUUUCUCUUUACAGAAAGGCAUUUGAUCAACAAAUUUCAUCUCUAUCUCCGAAAAAUAAGAAUGAAGAAUUCAAAUAUCCUUCAACAACGACACCUAGAAGAAGGCGACUCGAUUUCUCAAAGUCGGACAUGAAGCCAUCGAGGGAAAUUUCUUCUAAAUCCAAAGCUCAAACAUUCUCCGAUUCAACGAGGGAAAAUGGUGGUGAUGUGCUUGGAGAGAAGUUUCUAGAACAUUCGAGUGUCCAACGGUCUCAUUCAACAUUAUCACAAGCAUAUCGAGCCUCUCCGCCAGAAGAUGACCUCGGCAAGGCUGUUCGUGGUUGUCAGUCUCAACCGUUAUCCAUGAUAGAGUUUGCUCAAAACUCAUCUUCACACGUAAUAAGCUUAGCCGAGCAUCUCGGAACCCGCAUCUCGGACCAUAUUGUCGAGACGCCAAACAAGCUUUCGGAGGAUAUGGUGAGGUGCAUGUGCACCAUCUAUUGUAAGCUUGCGGACCCACCUUUGACCAAUCAAAUCCUCUCUUCCCCAACUUCUUCCCUGUCUUCUACAAGUGCAUUCUCCCCGAAAGAACAAUGUGACAUGUGGGGCCCGGGUUUCAGAAUAGAUUCUUCCUUUGAUGUUAGACUAGAUAACCCUUUCCAUGUGGAGGGGUUAAAGGACUUCAGUGGGCCGUAUAGCUCGAUGGUUGAAGUAAACAGUAUAUACAGAGAUAGCCAGAAAUUGGGUGAUGUUGAGCACUUGUUACAAAAUUUUAGGUCUUUUGUGGGACGAUUGGCGGAGAUUGAGCUUAGAAAGAUGACGCAUGAGGAAAAGUUGGCUUUUUGGAUCAAUGUUCAUAAUUCAUUGGUGAUGCAUUCUGCCUACAGUGUCGGUGGUCAAAUAGUAAGCGCUGAUGUCAUACAGAGUUCGAUAUUGUGUUGCCGAAUGUCUCGUCCUGGACAGUGGCUAAGGGUGCUACUUCCUUCAAAAUCGAAACUAAAAGCUGGUGACGAACGGCAAGCAUUUGGAAUCGAAAGACCUGAGCCCCUUCUUCACUUUGCGCUCUCAUGCGGGUCCCACUCUGAUCCUGCGGUUCGAAUUUUCACGCCUAAGAAGAUAUACCAAGAGCUGGAGGCAGCCAAAGAGGAUUACGUUCGGGCCACGUUUGGGGUGCGGAGGGACAACAAAAUCCUUCUCCCGAAAAUCGUGGACUCGUUCGCCAAGGACUCGGGACUAUGCCAAGCUGGCAUUCUGGAGAUGAUCAAACAGUCCUCCUUGCCCGAGUCACUGAAGAAAAGCGUCAGGAAGUGCCAACUGGCGAAGAACAAGAAAAACAUCGAUUGGGUCCCACAUAAUUUCGCGUUCAGGUACAUUAUAAUGAAGGACCUCGUCAGGUGAAUUCUUUUUUUUUCUUCAUUUUUCUGAUGUAGGACUAUUUCUUUUUUUUUUUUUUAGUUGCAUAGUUUCUUUCUCUUGAUUGUGUAAAGGAAUUGUAUUUUUGAGCUGGGAAUGGUAGAUGGGUUUGACAUGUAAGUUUGUGACAUUGGGCUCUGAUUAUGUAAUAUGUUGAGAAGAAGUAUUGAUUUCUUCCCAAGCUCAGUGUAAAGUUUCUUUCUGGAGAUGAUUAUGGAAAUGUAUCUUUUGAAGUUUGAUUACAUAUGUU